GAAGGUUGUGGUUCCCAGUGACUCAUCUGCUCCGGAGACUCUAGAUAAGGACAUUAGUUUCACUUUUUUUCAGCAUUCUCUGUGCACCAGUAACCCUGUGUCACCAUGGUGCACCCCUGUGGCCUCCUAACCCGGCGAGAAGAGCCAGUGCCACUCAAGAGCAUCUCUGUGACCUUGUCCAUUUGUGAGUUUGUGGCUGGUGUGUCUGCUACCUUAAACUAUGAGAAUGAGGAGAAAGUUCCUUUGGAGGCCUUCUUUGUCUUCCCCAUGGAUGAAGACUCAGCUGUCUACAGCUUCGAGGCCAUGGUGGAUGGGAAGAAAAUUAUGGCAGAAUUACAGGACAAGAUGAAGGCCCACACCAACUAUGAGAAUGCCAUCAGCCAGGGCCACCAAGCCUUCCUAUUGGAGGAGGACAGGUGCUCCAGGGAUGUCUUCUGUUGCAAUGUGGGGAACCUCCACCCUGGAUCCAAGGUGGCACUCACCCUGAAGUAUGUACAGGAGCUGCCCCUGGAAGCAGAUGGAGCCCUGCGCUACGUGCUCCCAGCUAUCCUGAAUCCUCGAUACUGUCUCUCUGGAUGGUCUGAAGACAGUUGCCUUAAUAUGAAGACUCCUGUAGUCCCUUUGGAAGACCUGCCCUACACACUCAGUGUGGUUGCCACCAUCAGUUCCCAGCAUGGCAUUGAGAGGAUCCAAUCCAACUGCCCUUUGAGUCCUAUUGAGUACCAUGGAGAUGAUAAGACUUCUGCUCAGGUUUCCUUGGCUGAUGGACACAAGUUUGAUCGAGAUGUGGAACUCCUGGUUUACUACAGUGAGCUACAUACCCCAAGUGUAGCUGUGGAGAUGGGGAAACCCAAAACAGAUUCAGAUUGUUUGAUGGGAGAUCCAUCGGCGAUGGUGAGUUUUUACCCAAAUAUCCCAGAAGCUCAGCCACCAAUCACCUGUGGAGAAUUUGUCUUCCUCAUGGACUGCUCAGGAAGUAUGCAGGGGCCCAUGAGUAAACAGGAUAAAUCUCAGCUGCGCAUAGAGGCAGCCAAGGAAACACUGAUUUUAUUGCUGAAGAGUUUGCCGAUAGGCUGUUAUUUCAACAUCUAUGGAUUUGGAUCUUCCUAUGAGGCAUUCUUUCCGAACAGUGUGAAGUACAAUCAGCAUACAAUGGAGGAGGCACUGAGGAGAGUUAACCUUAUGCAGGCUGACCUAGGGGGCACAGAAAUCUUGAGACCACUCAAGACCAUUUAUGGGGCAUCUUCCAUCCCAGGCCACCCUCUACAGCUUUUUGUCUUUACAGAUGGAGAAGUUAUUGACUCAUUUAGUGUAAUUAAAGAAGUUAGGAGCAACAGUCUGAGGCACAGAUGUUUCUCAUUUGGUAUUGGAGAAGGAGCCUCCACCAGCCUAAUAAAAGGCAUUGCUCGGGUGGCAGGGGGCACUUCAGAAUUUAUCACAGGCAAGGAAAGGAUGCAGUCCAAGGUUCUUAGAGCCCUGAAACGUUCUCUACAGCCUGUGGUAGAGGAUGUGUCUCUGAGCUGGGAUUUGCCUCAAGGUCUUUCUGCUAAAAUGCUUUCCCCAGAGCAGACUGUCAUCUUUAGGGGUCAGAGGUUAAUUGUCUAUGCCCAGUUGACUGGGAUGAUGCCGCCAGCAGAGGCCACAGGAGAAGUUUGCCUUAAGUACACACUCCAGGGCAAGAGUUUUGAGAAUAAGGUGACGUUUUCUUUACAACCCAAGCUCGAUGCCAACCUCACCAUUCACCGCCUCGCUGCCAAGUCCUUUCUUCAGACCAAGGACAUGGGUUUCAGGGAGACUCCAGCAAAUGAUAAAAAAGAUGUGUUGAAAGUCAGCCUUGAGUGUGGAGUCAUAAGCUCCCACACAGCUUUCAUUGCCAUCAACAAGGAUCUCAACAAGCCUGUGCAGAGGCCCCUGGUUCGUAGGGCCAUUCCAAGGCCAAUUCUAAUGAGUACUCCUGUUGUGAUGUCAUCAUAUAAUCGAAGUGGCAAAACCCAAGCUCUUGGUCAGAAACUAAAGAAGAAAUGCAGGCCUCCCGAAGAGAUCUCUCCUGAGAUGGAAACGGCUCGUUCUUCCAGCAACAGGACCAACUUGGAAACUCGCAAUACAGUCUUUGGAAAUGAGCACCUUGUGCAGCUGAUUUCCCUCCAAAAGGCAAACGGUUCCUGGGAUCUGAAUGAAGGUCUGGCCGUGGUCCUCGGUAUGAGUUUGGAAGACGUACUGGCAGCACUCCCUCUCAAGAAUGUGGAUUCCUCAAGUUGGGCCACAGUCCUGGCAGUGCUCUGGCUGCAUACCUAUAAUAAGGAUUUGCAGUAUGAGUGGGAGCUUCUGGAAAGGAAAGCUGUGGCCUGGAUUCGCUUCCAUGCAGGCUCCAUCAUGCAUGUGCUUGUGAAAGCUGCUGUUGCUUUCCUGAAAUCAUCCGUGGAUCCCACCAUGUUUGCCUUCUGAGGAAAACAAGUGCCUCUCCUAUGCUAUUGUCCUUUCCUUUACCAUCUCUUAUGCUGUGAUGUAUUUUUGUAUUUUACACCUAUUGUGUCAGUUUCUUGUCAUAAAGAUAAAGGGUGCCCACCCCACCUUGCCUGUCAUUCCCGUUUCCCUUUGGACAUGAGCUUUCUAUCUCUACAUAUACCCUCAGCCAAGUGUCAGUGGUCCCAGAACCUAUGCCCUUUCUUGGAGGAGUUCAAAGCAUUCAUAGGCAGUAACGUUCCUCCCAGGUUUUCCAGAGUGACAACAUAUAAAACAGGUGACACAGACUGCAGACUGAAGAUUGGAGCAUUGAUGUCAGGGAAUACCCAAAUUAGACAAUUAUCUGCAUAAUAUGUGGCUAUUCACUUUUGAUCUUAUGUACUUAUCAGGACCAGACUGGUGAACUAUACAAUUUUCUAUUCUUAGAUAGGAUGAAGAGCUGGAGGGGAGGUUGAAAGCCAGCAUCAGGGUCAAUAUGGCCUCAAGAUCACAAAGAAAGAGACUCAAGGGGUCAGCUGUGAGAGUUGGCACUGUUGGCAACUUUUUUGGUGGAUUCUGCUUAGGCUUUGCUAUCCUAUAUUGCAUACCUUUCCUCCCACUGCCUAAGGGACUUGGGUUGAGUUGUACCUGUUGGAGACAGAUGUUUCUUCUUAAUCAUUAAACGUCUUAGUGAGAAGGUGAUAAUGGAAUCUUUAGUCCUAGCCUGAACCCAUGGGGCUUCUAAGUCAGGCUCUGAUGUAGUAUAAAAAAGGAAAUAGUGAGUGUAAAGGCAGUUUUACCUGAGACAUCAACCUAGAUCACUCACCCCAUAAAGAAGAAAGGUACUCCUCCCGAUUGCUUCUGACCCAUAUGUCCCACAUACUCUGUCCUGAUGGAAAUGACCCCAUGCUAUAUGUUGUCCUCUAAAGUACUAUUGUAUCAGUAUUAAAAUGACUGUCUCUACA